AUGAUCGAUUUUGGGCACAAUCAUUCUCAACGGAGAACAGCCAACUACGCAGGAGUUAUCGAGUUCUCAAGUGCGCUAACACUGAGUAGAGAGUUCUAUUCCCUCACUUUUCUAAUCCGAUGGGACGGCAAUCCGUCGCCAACGGAGAAAAAUGAUCUCCCGGUUGCGACGGCGCAGUGGGGGUGGAAGAUGAGUCAAACGGGACCCGGGACUAUCGGACAUUACUUCGUUAGAUUACCAGAGUCAGAACAACAAGUGCGCUACGUAGCUGACGGUAGCGGCUACCACGGUACUGUCGCUGUCACCACCAGUGACCAGCAACAUGUGCAUACCACCAACUUUGCUCUGGGAGAGCGAGCUAUUGAACUAAACUCUCAGGUGCCAAAUACUUACCAAAAUACAGCCACCAACGGAAGUCAAUUGAACAGAAGCGGCCUUCAACAAGUACAAUCACCCAUUGAUAUAUAUUUUCUUCAACAACAAUAUCCUAUGCAAGGACAAAUUGUACACAUAACUCCUAACACUCCACAAAACUUCUUACAGUUCACAUCUCUACCUAGCUUUUACUACACCGAAGAAACUAAUGAAAACGGACCCGUUGUGAGAAUCUUCAAAGAUCACAACUGUCGAAACGAAGAUAACCACGCUAAUAAUGAAGAACGUGUAAGUAAAUUACAAAAGACAACCGAAACAACUGCAAGCGUACCUAACUUUAAAGAACAUAACGUUCACGGAAAUUUCGGAGAACGAGACAAACCAACAUAUCAUCGCGAGUCUAAUUACAAUGUCAAUUCCAACGAUAGAAGCCAAAGAUUCUAUUAUUCUACUGAAAUAAGCCAUCCCACAACGGUCAAACCUUUAUCUUAUACAGCACAUGAAGGUAUCUCGAGGUUAGUAGCAUCGACACAGGAUUUGAUAUCAAAUGAAGAUCUUUUAAGAAUUAAUCACGCAGCAGAGAGAAUAGUUAACAGCCAUACUGAUGAUAUUAUAAAACCUAAACGUCGCUCCAAUUCAAGAAAGUUAAACUACAACUACUACGGACCUGAAGAAGAUUCUAGAAAUAGAAUAACAGUGUCAGCUAAGUAUGGAAAUAUCGUAGAAAGCGAAUUGAACCAACCGCAGAUAGUUCAAAGACAAAACUUUCAAACAGCAACAAAUGAAUAUAAAUUCGCUUCGCCUAUCGUUGUCGAUGAUACAAAUUAUGGCAGUUAUAAACAGCAAAUAGUGAACAAUUUGAUGUCAACGAUGGUACCGUAUAUAGACAAUGGCUAUGAAAUUGUCGAUGUCAGAAAUAGUCUAAAUGAAAACUAUACUUAUUCCGAAGAGAAUAAAUCCGACGAAGAUUUAGUCAACAUCACACCACGACCAGUUAGUCAAAAAUAUUUAGCACCUAUCACCGUCGCUUUAAGAUUACUCAACUCAAAUGAUUCUAACGUAUUUAACAAUGUCGAUGAUCAUGAAGCAUCUGACAGCGAAUUUAUUACAAAUACAGUUGAAAAUCCCCGACGUGACAAAACCAUUGUGGAAAUACAAGAGUCAAUACCUGUAGAAAUCACUCAUAUAAAUGAGGUUGAAUAUCAUGAAUAUUUAGAUGAAGGUAGAAGCAAUCAAGAAAACCCAUUGGGACUAGUGAAAUCUCUAUAUCAAAAAUACUUAGAAUCUUUGGACGCAUCACAUAAUAAUAAAAAUGCGUACCAAAAUACAAACAGCCCACAAAAUAAUUACAAUGAAAACAAUAAUGAAAAUUCCCCAGAAAUUUUAGAAUCUAGUGAGAAUGAACCGACUGAUGUUCAAGAACAAGCGAGUUCGGAUAACCGAAAUUCAUAUACAAGUUAUUACAACACAGAUAAUAAAAUCAUUCAACCGAUAAUUAUUGAAAAGCAAGUACCGGUAACAACAUAUGUAGAUCGUUUUAUCGAGAAGAAAGUACCAUAUCCAGAACCAGUUGAAGUUGUAAAGCAAGUGCCAGUAGAUCGGCCAGUACCGGUGCCAGUGCAUUAUGAGACAAUAGUGGAGAAACCGGUGGAAGUAACUAGAUAUGUAGAUAAACCUUUCCCCGUUGAAGUUCUAAAACCAUAUCCGGUUGAAGUCAGAGUGCCAUAUCCAGUGGAACACAAGGUUUAUAUUGACCGUCCAGUACAUGUUCCGUAUCCAGUUGAGAAAGUUGUCGAAAAACAGUUAAUACAACAUGUUCCCGUGCCGACGCCGGUUGGAAUUCCAGUUGGAAUCCAUAUUCCCGUUGAAAAGAAAGUAUUAUACCCUAUACCGGUCGAAACUCCAGUACCCGUGGCUGUCCCAAUUGAAAAGCAUGUCCCAUAUGAGAAAAUUGUAGAAAAAGAAGUCCCAGUGCCCUAUCCCGUAGAGAAAAAAGUUCCGUAUCCCGUCAGGCAUGAAGUAAAGGUUCCAGUUCCGUACCCAGUAGAGAAAAGGGUACCAUAUCCCGUUGAAAAAAUUGUUGAAAAACCUGUAACUGUUACGAAAGUGGUCGAAAAGCACAUAAAAGUGCCUUUUCCUCAUCCAGUCCGAGUGGAAGUACCAAGACCUUACCCCGUUGAUAGGAUAGUCGAGAAAAAGGUACCAUAUCCUGUCCACGUUGAUCGAAUCGUUGAAAAAAAAGUGCCAGUCCAAGUACCUUAUCCCGUAAAGACAGUUGUCGAGAAAAUCGUUGAAAAGCCAGUAGUUGUUACAAAGUAUAUCGAUAAACCGUAUCCUGUCGAAAAACGUGUUCCAUAUCCAGUUGAAAAAAUCGUAGAACGAAAAGUUCCCUACCCUGUCCACAUACCAGUGGAGGUCAAAGUCCCUUAUGCUGUCGAAAGGAACACACAAAAACCCGAACCGUACCAAUUCGAAAAAGUUGAACCGACAACACUUUAUAGCUACGGCAUUACUCAAGAAGCUCUUUCAAAUGUAGCGAAUUAUUUAAGAUAUCAACAGGAACAGUAUAAACAACCCAUCCCAAAUUACUUGAAAAGUAACGCUGAUAGUUACGGUUCACAACAAGCUGAAUCACAACGAAAUUACCAAAUACAACUCGCCAACGCGCAGCUUUUGAAAAAUCUGCAAAACGCAACGCCCGUCCACUCGACGCGCUGGGGAAAUCACUAUGCUUCUUCGUAUAACUAUUUGAAUUCUACCAUCGAUUCUAAAAAACCAUCAAACACUAACAGUCAAGAAAAUUACAAAUAUUACGGUCCGCCGCCGUUGAAAAAUUACAAUAAUGAAUGGGAAAAUAAUAAAGAUUACUCAGAGAGGAUCAGAAGGACUGACAGAACACCCAAAAUGACGAACUUGAGGAUAGAAUACGGAGGAUUCAAGCCUCCGUUAAUUCCAAGCACAGAGGUCGAUUUAGAUGGUAUACCCAUCAAUAACAAAGAAUAA